UUUGGAACGUCACGAGGGCGACUAAAAAAAUUACGUAGUCUGUCGCAACGAUCGUGAGUGACGAGGCGAGAUGCGCCUGACUUUGUAUUUUAUAUGAAUUUUGCCUUACAAUAAAUUCAUACUAUAUAUUCUACAGCGUAUUUACCACUAGUCAUGAGCUGAAAACGUGUACGCCGUAUGAAUUUUGAUAAAAAAUUUGAAUAAAAAAUGCGGGCACAGAUAUGUGACAAGACGGUCUAAGAGGGGUGCACAGAUCUGUGUCAAAACGUUCGAAAGGUUAAGAAAACAUUAAUUUGUUUCAUCUCAAUCAGUGCAUAAGAAAAAAGUUAUGUCGAAAUAUUUCUUUUUCAAGUGGAAUCGACAGUCUCGUAGCAAGUGUCCCCUUGCAUUGUUUCAUGACUGAAUAUAGGGAAUGGUUUAGUUUGGACGUAAAUGAAGUUACAAGCGACGACUAGUAAAACCCACCCCAGGAUUUUAAUUUUAAUUAGGUAUUUAAGAUUAUUAGUACUUUUUACUUUCGUUCGAAAAAAUUACGUUGACAUUGACAUUUUUUUAUCUAUGAUAUUUUAAAGUCAAUGUCGUAUUUGUCAAUUAUUUAUGUUCGUUUGUAUAAAUAAAGAUCCGGUAUUAUUUAAAUAUAAGCUGAAGUGAGCUUCAAUUAUUAUUUUGUAUAACAUAAUGGCAAAGAAAGGAGAGUUGGAGGUUUGUUGGAAAAAAAUAAACUAUGCAUUUCCCAUCUUGAACGAUACAAUAUUUACAGAGUGCACCAACGAAGAAUAUGAAGAGAUCCAAGAAGUUAUCAUUAAUUUAGGUAUUCAAAUUAAAAUUCGUGAUCUAGUAAUCAUUUAUAUUGAAAAGUAUGUUCGCCAAAACACUGUGCCUUCUUUUUGGGGCAAAUUUGUAAAAUCAGACACAGAGGUCAAAGGAUUUCAAUUAUUCAAAACUGCUAUCAAUGACUUGUUUGAUUCAGUCACAAACUUCGAGCCAAUGUUACGAAAGUUGAGCUUAUUGAACAGUAAUUGUUCUGAUAACUUGCCGAUCUUUGGAGAAAGAGAUAGUAUACUGGGGUUUAAGCAACUACUCCGUGCUACUCUGUUUGCUCAAAUACCACUUGAAUUCCAAUACAUCAUAUACUUUUUUUAUAAAGUAUCAUUUAAUGUUUUUGAUAAUGAAUAUGAGAGUUCUGAUAUGGGUGAGGAUGUGAUGUGCUCAGGUUGUUGGAAUGAUUACACAGAUUGUAACUGCGCUUACAUUGUCAAAGUGUUUCAUGACACAAAUCGCAAACUUAUGGAAUUACAACUAUUAGAGAGACUGGCCGGUCAGGUCUUGACUAAUUUUAUUCAAAUGAGAAUAGAAAGCCAUAUACAGAAACUUUGUACAGGCACAUUUGAUGUUUCUCACAUAGCAUUCCUUGAGAAUUGGCUUGAUACAACAGUAAUGUCAUGGCUUACAAGAAUAUACUGCGGAGGUUCCUCUAAACCGCCUCCGGAUGAUAAAAAUGUUCAAAAUGCUAUUUCAAAGUUUAAACAAAAGCUGAGUUAUUAUUUAUAUCACAGUUAUACAAAACUAAGAAUAGAUCAGCUUUUUAAUAUAAUUAUUGAAUAUCCAGAUUCACAACCAGCCGUAGAUGACAUUAAACUGUGUCUCGACAAAACAGAUCUGCGGCCCACACUUUGUAAGAAUCUACAGACAGCUUUAGAAACAAGGCUAUUACACCCUGGUGUGAAUACAUCAGAAAUAUUAACAGCAUAUGUGUCCACAAUUAGAACUUUAAGAUAUCUAGAUCCUUCAGGCGUCAUUUUGGAAACAGUCACAAAACCUGUAAGAAAUUAUUUGAGGAAUAGAGAAGAUACAGUCAGAAGUGUGGUUAGUAGUUUGACUGAAGAUGGGGUUGGGAGUGAAUUGGCUGAGGAGUUGGCAAAAUUUGCAGCUGAUGGAGAAGAUGAUCUUGAAAAAGAGGACUUGUGGGAUGAAUGGAAUCCUGAUCCUGUGGAUGCUGAUCCUAAAGCAAACUCUAGUGAUAGAAAAACUAGUGACAUUAUAUCCAUGCUUGUGAAUGUUUAUGGUAGUAAAGAGUUAUUUGUUAAUGAGUAUCGAACUUUACUAGCCGAUAGAUUAUUGGGACAAACUGUUAUCAACACUGAAAAGGAGAUAACAUAUUUAGAAUUACUGAAAUUGAGAUUUGGGGAGUCACAACUACAUUUCUGUGAAGUUAUGCUAAAAGAUGUUUAUGAUUCCAAGAGAAUAAAUGCACUUAUUCAUCAAGAUAACAGUUUUGGUGACUCUAAUAUCAUGUGCAAUGGUAUGAUAUUGUCUGCCCAGUUUUGGCCUCCAUUUAAAGAUGAAAGCCUUGAAUUGCCAGAUGUGAUAAAACAACUUCUAGAAAGGUACACAAAAUGUUUUGAAGCAUUAAAGGGUAACAGAACCUUAAACUGGAUACCACAUUUGGGUAAUGUGAACAUUGAAAUAGAAAUAGGACAAAAGAAAUUAGAUUUAACUGUUUCACCAUUUAAUGCCACUUUAAUUAUGCAUUUCCAAGACAAGCCAGAGUGGUCAUUGGAGGAACUACACCAAGCAAUGAAGGUUCCAAUUACAAUACUGAGAAGGAAAAUAACUUAUUGGCAGUCAAUGGGUUUAAUUUCAGAGAAAAGCGCUGAUUAUUAUGUGUUGGUAGAUAGUAAUGAUGCAAAUAAAUCCAAUGUUGCCACUAGUCAGGUUCAAGAAAUGAUUUGUGAAGAUGAGGAGUCUGAGAGUGUUAUGGCAUCUGCUCAUGAUCAAAGAGAAGGGGAAUUGCAAGUGUUUUGGUCUUAUAUUGUUGGUAUGUUAACCAAUUUGGAUUCUUUGCCGUUAGAUCGUAUACACCAGAUGUUGAAGAUGUUUGCAUCACAAGCUCCAGGAACUGAAUGCAGUAUCCAAGAGCUUAGACAAUUUUUAGAUACAAAAGUGAGAACACAUCAACUUGUCCUUCAAGGAUCCAUGUAUAAAUUACCAAAGAAUUAAAAUAAAGAAGAUAAAAAAAGUUUAACAAAACUUUAUUUUCUUUUACAUAUAAAAAUUUGGUUACAUUACUAAAAUGUCUGUGGGUUAAUCUGUAUUACUUAUUGUUAAGUGACAAUUUUAAGCCUUUUACACAAUGAGGCAAAUAAAAAUGUAUUAUUAUGAUUAGCUCAAAUAAAUAUUUAUACCAUCCCACAUUAAAAAUUACAAUAUUAAUACUUAGUGAUUGCAGCAAUACAUAAGCUUGUCAGUCUUAACACCUAUCAAAUACUGAUUAUAAUUAAACUUUUUCCAAUAAAUAAUUUCAACAACAAAUGUUUUAAAGAUACUGAAAAAUAAUACACUCUGUAAUUACAGGGAAUGUUUGAAUUAUGUUCUAUACUGUGUGUAAUGUUAAAUGCAAGAAGAUAUUCCAUAUAAAGUUAGCAAUAAGUGAUAAACAACUAAUAUAUUUCCAUGGAAUGUUGAUUUUUUGCACAUAUGUUUAGGAAAAUGAUCCGAAAAAACGAAUUAAAAAAUGUAACUCAUUAGCGAAAUUUAGUUGCUAUUUUUUAUGCAAACUAUUUAUGAAAUGUGUAACGAAAAAUUCCUUUGAGUUAUGUAAUGAAAGCCCACAGACCGCCAACUCCGUGUCAUCUUUAGCACCAUACUUUAUUUGUAACGACGUUCUUCAAACUUGGAGCGCGCAAUCUAUUGUAUUCUUAUUUUAUUACCUUUAAAUAAGCAUAUCUAUUCAAAUAGAAAUUCAACAUUUUAAACACCAAAACCGUUAUAAUUGUAAUUAGGCCCUUGUUAUUAUAAAAAAUCGUGAACCUUUGCUUGGUAUCACUUACAGAAUUAAGCUCGUGUUUAUUAAAAUGGGAUGAAAAAACAUAGUUUCUUAAGAUCCGUGGCAGGCUAUGAUUAGCUGUUUUCUAUUAUCUGAUAUUUUAUUUAUAUUAAAUAGCAGAAGCUAAUAAAUACUUUUAAUAUAUUAAAAUACAUAUAAGACUUAAAAUUACAAGAAUUGUUUCUUUUACAAAGCAAUAAAACUGCAUAUAACAACGGAACAAUCUCAAGAAAUGACAAAAAAAUAAAUAUAAUAUACAGUAAAACAUCUAAAACAGUUAAAGCUCUACAACUAUCUUACAUAUGUACAGACAAUAUCAGUGCAAUGGUAUUCAUGUAUUUAUAGCCUGACCAGAAUUAUAAGACCCUUGCCAUAUUGCGGACAAGUAUUGAACUAAUUCCUUUGGGCACAUUAGAAAGUGACAUUAAAGACGAUUGAAGCGCCGCCAGGGUAGUAUUUUUAUAUUUUUGGUUAGGCUAUAGUAAACAAAUCGCGAAUUCGAACUGCCGAAAUAUUGACAUAAAACAUUUGAUCUCAAUAUAUUAACGUUUUAUGCAUCACGGUUGAGUUUUGAUUAAAUUCCAUUAAGUCACAUUUGAACAUUUUUAUUAUUAGCCUCAGAAAUUUUGAUUCUAUUUUUUUAAAAAGCGGGAUUCAAGUUAACACACUUUAUAGUGUGUGUGUUUUUAAAAUGUCUUUAGAAAAUAAUUACCAUUAUUUCAUCCACUUCUGUAGUUUAAUUCUUGAAGUAUGAAAAAAUUAUGAUGGAAAAUAUUUGUAUUAAUAGAAUUAAGAAUAGGUACUAGGUAAGAAAAAAAUUUUACAAUUCAUAUUAUUUAAAA